CUCUGAUUAGCCAGGCACUUGGUCGACGCGCGACGAACUGCAGUGCUUCUCUGCCGACGUCUCCCGCAACGACACGAGCAAGGGGUAAGCCAACGGGCAAUCGCCGCCUCAAGAUGCCGCUUCCAGACGAGCGCGAAGCGACACAGAAUUCCUGCCAUGCAUUCCUGCUGCACUCCACCCACCUCCAAGGCUUGUUUGAAGCUCUGGAGCAAUCUGAGCUAGGUGCCCUGGGUCAACGCUUUGCCGCUCUUCGCGCCAUUGGGCAGGGUGGAGUGGGGGUUCACGUCGCCUGCUUCAGCGUCUUUCAUGAUAAAGUUCUCUCACCUCCAAAUUUAAGCAUCGCCAGCCGCCUGUGUGCUAGCAGCCAGCCGUUGCUCUACCAUAUGUCACUGCUGAACUGCGGACUGCAACGAACACCCUCAGCCCUCCCACAUUUGAUCCAUGUAUCGAUCCAGCUACCCGCAUUUGCUGGCAAGCCCUCGGCGUCCGAGGUAACAACCCCACAGGAUCUUGCUACACGACCCCGCAAUAAUGGAGGCGGGCCUAAACUGGCAUUCUCAUCCUCGGACUUGUCCGACUCUCCAUUUCAGACGACCUGUGAAGCUUCGGACGAGUAUUCCUUGUUGCCCGUUGUCCAUCUUGUUUUCAUUUUCAAGACUUCUCAGAGCCGUCCGUCCUGCAAAACGACGUAGUGCAACGACCGUUGACCAGUUCUAUAAUUAUUACCAUUAAUGGUUCGCUAUAUUCUCGCUCCAGCAUUGGUUAGUAUCGAACCCGGUGACCUCCUGCAUUCGGUCCCCGCAGGAUCGUCAAGUCUGCAAUUCCUACGACAACACUUCCACACGCAUUCACGGUGCAUUGCCUCGUACAUUUUCAGACUCAAACGGCAUUGUCACACAGCAAUUCUCCCCGACUCGCUAAAUCA